AUGGAGGAUGUCAGGGGGGUACCCAUGAACAACAUGAAAGUGCUCCAGACCGUCAGUCAAUACACACCCUCCUUUCACACCAUACUGUUUUGCCACAGUGGGAUCCUGCUUUACCUCCUGCACCUACUGGUUAUCAGGCUCAUUGGUGGCUUCGACCUGUCCUUCCCCUGGUUCCGUCCUCCGUCCCUUGUGUCGGUUUUCCUCAUACCGGCCAUCUUCUCCGAAGAGCUGGAGCGGCUCUUGUGGCCUCCGGCUCCCAUAGCAGACGCUAGCGUGAGGCUGCCUCCGCUAGCGGUGCAGGCUCAAACUUUCUACCACCUUCCCGCGACUACUGCUAACCCCUCCCAUUUUCAGUGGCCUGCAGCUCAAGCAACCCCACAGGCCGACUUAAGCGUGAGGCUGCCUCCGCCGAUAGUCGCAGCCCAGGCUUCUCUCCCUUACAGCUCUCUCUUAAAUGCCAAAUCACAAUAUUCUCUUUUCACAGCUACCCCGAUGCCAGUCCCACCAAACGCUGUCGCUCUGGAGCCUCCCCCAGUGACUCAAAACAUCCGAGCACAGAUUCUGGCAGCUCACCACCCGGACUCUGACUUCACUGAAUAUCUGCUGUCUGGCCUACAACACGGUUUUAAACCGGGAGUGGUUUGUCCGCUCUCCCAAAACAUAAUCUGCGAUAAUCUCCAAUCGGCUCUCGCCGAGCCCAACGUGGUAGACAACCUGAUUAAAAAAGAAGUCGAGUCAGGCUUCAUGAUUGGCCCUUUUGACGAGCCUCCUUUCAAAGUUUUUCGCAUUAGCCCCAUUGGAGUGGCUACGAGAAAGUUUUCAGUCUCGCUUUAUGUUUCAGAAAUUCAGGAUGCUGGCUCCAGAGGCAGACAAGCUACCAACUCCAGUACCUCAUUAUUCGGAAUUAAUAUUCCCAUAACCCACCCGCAAAAAUCCCUCCUCAACAUAUCGCUCGACACCAUUCUCCAAGCAGUUUCCCCCAGAACUCUCCAAUCCUAUGUGACCGCAUGGAGAUGUUUUAAAGCCUUCCACCUUUCUUACAACACGCCAUUCCCUGAUUUUUCCCUCCUUACAAUUACCUCCUUCAUCUCUUACCUUAACAGCGUUAAGAGCCUCGAAGUCGGGUCCAUCAAAAGUUACUUAAGCGGCAUCCAAUUUUUUCACAAAUUGAUUCACGGCGCCCCCUCACCGGAGAUAAAUAAUUCACAAACCUCCCUCUUAAUUAAAGGCAUCCAACGAUCCCAGCCCACCCGCCCGGACACCAGACAACCCAUAACGUUAGAUAUUCUUACUAAAUGCAUUCAUACCCUCCGCUCAGGCUACCGAUCGCUUAAUACCUCUCGCACACUCGACGCCAUGUUUAUUCUAGCUUUUUUUGGUUUCCUAAGAUGCUCUGAACUGGCUAUCACUUCCAGAUUCGACCCAAAAAUCCACCCAAACAUCUCAGAUCUUUCAGUGCUUGACAGCGAAACUAUCUCUUUUCUGAUCAAACAAAGCAAAACAGACCAAACCAAAAAAGGCCACUUCAUAUAUAUUUUCAACCUCUCGUCACCAAUUCAACCUUUCCAAACUAUACUAGCAUACCUCCAACUGAGAAACUCUCAUGCUAAAUCCCAUCUCGAACCCCUGUUCAUAGACGACUCUAACAAACCCGUGACACGCUUUUGGUUCCAAAAACACCUAAAAUUUGUUCUCCAACUAUCAGGCAUCCCAGCAGAGAAUUUCUCCAGCCAUUCCUUCCGCAUCGGGGCAGCAACCUCAGCAGCCCAAAAAGGCCUCUCCCAACAGCAGAUCCAAGUGCUUGGAAGAUGGUCCUCAGACGCGUUCCAAACCUACAUCAGAACUAAUCGUUUCCAUAUCAAAAAAGCCCACCAAAUCCUCAUCGGUUAAAAAAAAAAAA